AUGUGAGGAUCGCCAUUUAUGUACAGUAAGACCUACGCGGUACAGUUCAGAAUUUGCAUCUAGAGCCAGAUCGACAGGAUAGACUUGUGUAGAGGGCACUGAGUAUAGUCCGUCGGCCAAUGCUCCUGUCAUGAACCUGGCAGAAUGCUUACUGAGCCCGAGACAUUCAACAACUUUUGCACCAUGGGCUGUCGAGUAACGAUACGAGAGAAAGGGCCGAAACGCAGACUGGGCUGAUGGUGGAGCCAUAGGCUUAGCGUAACUCAACCCGUCCCAGGUUAUUAUACAAAACCCGCCUGUCAUUACUGCCCCGGCUGCUCAUCUUAUCUGAUCAAACGCCUGCUCCCCUUCUCGACGGCUGCUACGUCUUACGACCAUGGACACCAAGCUCCCCGCCAUCGGUCAGGGAUAUGGUGUUGUCAACGAAAAGUCUGGCUCAACUCACAAUGCCGAAGAGCAGAGCAGCAAUGCGGAAGCUUCAAGCAAUGGCGCGUCAAUUGCCCAAACCAAUGAGGUUCCUAUGAAGAUGAAGCUGUUUGCAGUUCUUUUGGUCACGGCAAUUGGGUUUGGGUCCCAUUGGAGCAGCGGUGUGACAGGGGCAAUGAAGAGCACAUUGAAAAAGCAAUUGCACAUCAACAACGCCAAAUAUGCCGUCCUGGAGGCGAGCGAAGAUUUCAUGAAAACGGCUCUCAUCCUUGUUAGCGGUCUUGUCACGGAUAGAAUUGGUGGUGCAAAUGCCAUGCUUUACGGUAACGCCAUCUAUAGUGUUGGCGCCAUAUUCAUCGCUGCUGCGACGACGGUCCGCUCUUACAAAUUCAUGAUAUUCGGGGUUGUCGUACAGGCAUUUGGGGAUAUCGCUACCCAGGUUGCCCAGUACAAAAUCUUCAGCUCGUGGUUCGCGCCUUCGAACGGUUUCGCUUCCACGCUUGGGUUCGAGCUCGGAAUCGGAAAAAUCGGAUCCUUCGUCGGCAAAGCGACCGCGAAUGUUAUCGCAAAGAAGACUGGAGACUUUAGCUGGGUGUAUUGGACAGCGGUCUUCAUGAACCUUUUCACCAACUUGAUGACACUCAUCUACUGGUUCUUCGCGCGAUGGUGUACGAAAAUUUACGCCGGUACUGCUGAUCCAGCAACGGGUGAAAAGUUGACGGAGAGCAACAAGAAGUUCGAAAUCGGCAAAACGCUGAGGCUCCCCUGGCCGUUUUGGGGAAUCGUUGCCUUUUCACUUUUUCAAACAAGCACAGCAGUCGUUUACUCGCAGAAUGCCACCGAAAUGGCUGAACUACGUUUCAAUAUUGAUGCAGUAACAGCUGGCUGGUACUCGGCCAUGUCGCAAUACUUGGGUUUUUUCCUGGUACCGCUAAUUGGUAUUUUCGUCGACCUGCUUGGCAACCGCCUCUCCCUUAUGCUCUUCUGCGGUCUCGGUAUGCUUAUCUCCAUGUGCUUAGCCGCUUGGGGUCCGACCAUUGGUGGGACAGCGGCUUCGUUUGGCAUAUUCGGCGUUGCAUCCAUGUUCGGGCCAACCGUUAUCAUCGAUUCCAUCCGCACGUCCAUGUGGUAUCAAGAGGUUUUUGGUUCGGGAUAUGCGGUCAAGAUUGCUGUGAACAACAGCAUGAACAUCAUCAUCCGCAUCAUCACCGGUAUCAUUCAAGAUCGCCACAACAACUCCUAUGAUAACGUGGUCAUUGUGUAUGUGGUUCUUGCCGCCGGAUCUGUUGUCGUCGCGGCUGCCCUUGUGGCAUGUGGCGUCUUCAAUCCAGACAUUGGUCAUCUACAAUGGACUCGAAAGAAUAGGCUGAUCAAAGGCGAUCUCAUCAAUGAGCGGAAAGAAGCUUUUGCUAGAGGAGAUCAAGGGAGGAAAAAUCGACGCGUCAGCAUAACUUUGUUCACUGCACUUCUGUUUCUCAUCGCUGGUGCUUGGGCGGCGUACUUUUGGGGUGUUGCCACUGGAAACAAUAAGUAGGUAACAUCGACCUGGUCUUUUUCAUUCAUCAACGAUACAUAAUCCAUAUUGCCAUCAAUGCAAAAAGAGCCCAUACCAGUGAUAGAAGCUGAAAGAUACCUCUAAGUAUAGGAAGGUCAGAAGAAAAACCAGGCAUGGGCAAGUGAAGCGUCUAAAUGAGAUGAAAUGGCGAGACAUGCAUCGACACUAGAUAUCCUCACGGGCAGCACAUCCGUGCCAAACACGCAUUUUCACAUUCCACGGUUUUGAUUCGAGCAUUUGGUAGAGCCGCUCUAUGCAGUAAUGUCAACGGCCAUGUUGGUCGAGACGAACAACGGCUGUCAAUACCCAGACAAGACAUGCCACCGUAGACUUUCAAUUAUGUCUUUAGACACAUCAAACAAGGGC